AUGGCUAAAACUCCCAUGUAUUACUACAAGAGAAGAAGAUUACAAUCAAAGAACAAAAAUCUCACUGAGAAUUCCAACAAUGGUGAAGAAGACAGAUUAACCUCACUCCCAGAUACCCUUUUGAUCGAAAUUCUCUCUCAUCUCCCACUCAAAUCCGCCGCCGCAACCUCCGUCUUAUCCCAUCGGUGGCGCCACCUCUGGAAUGAACUCCCCCACCUCUUCUUCGACGGCGAUAACCCACCAUGGAAGCUUUCACGGCGACCUUCCACCAUCAACUCACAUAAUCGAGAUCAAACAUUCAUCAAAUUCAAAGACAUAGUACAUCAUAUUCUCUGCCAAAUGGAAUUGCCUGCAAUUAAAAAUGGAAUUGUUAGUCUUCCUAAUCUGAAGAAGCAUCAAUUGGGUGCCAUUUCUUGGGACGAUUAUAAAAAAAUAUGGGCAUUUAUUAAUUCUUGCCCACUUUUGGAAGUUGUGUCUUUAGAAGUACUUUUUUGCAAUUCUGGAGUAGUGAAUAUAUCAUCUCCCAAGUUGAAGUCGUUGAUUAUUAAUCGAAUAGUGUCCGAAGGCGUCGAAUUUGUGAUUGAUACACCUAUGCUGGAAUACCUUGUGCUAGAUGGUUUUCUUGGGUACUAUAGCUUUGUCAAGUAUCCAACUAAAUUGAUUAAGGCAGAACUUUGCGUUUGGAAUUUUAUGCAUAGACGUAGGGAUAUAUUCGGCCAAAGUAGGAAUAUAUUUGUUCAAAGGAUUUCUGGUGUCGAGUCUAUUAGCCUUAAGUAUGCUCUAAGAUUCUUCGAGGCUCUUGAUUACUUGGAUGUUGAUGUUGAUGUUGGGUCUAUAUUCUGUAAUGUAACCCAUCUUAUAUUGACUACGCCUAGUGUCAAUGAUAUUGAUAACAACUUUCAAGUCCCAAAUACAAUUCCAUUGUGUCUGUUUAGGAAGCUCAAGAGGCUUUUGAUGUCCAAAAUGACGGGGAAUUCCGGUGAACUGAAGUGGCUAAAAUACCUUCUUAGUAAGUCAAAUGUUUUAGAGCAGCUUUAUAUAUCAUCUAGACCUGAAUUUUCUGAUGGUGAUGAUGACGACGACGAUGACAAUGAAGUCAAAAAAAGAAACCAACUAUGGUGGGAAUACAAGAUACAUCAAACCCACUGA